ACAAUACUCUCAAAAGUAAUACUCCAAGAAGAUCCAGCUGGUCAUUGUUUCCGUUGACUGAAUAUUGAAGUCAACGGGAGUAGUAGCUGCAUUGCACUAAGCAAAUUAUAUUGCAACUAUUGGUUAUGGUAUGGUAUCUCAGUCACUAUCGAAAACCAUGAGACACACUCCCAGGAUUCGUGUCCGUUGUGUCUUUGUGUGUUAUAUAUUGAUUUUGUUGAACAGUGUUUAUGCAUCAGCAUCAUCUUCUUCUCGCUGCAAAGCAUGGUUAGUGCAAUCCAUUCCCACGAAUAUGCCCCACCUACCCAAUGUUCCUGGCACCCUCUCUACUGGGGAUGUGCUUCGGUGGCUGGCUGCAAACUCCACCACGAGGCUUCACAUAAUUGCUCAAUACUGGCAGCUUCUACCUUCCCCCAACGAUCCUCGAUCUGGGGACUAUGGUUACACUCAACGUCAGAUGCAUGAAUUCGGUGCCAGUGAAGGUGUUUCUCUUUAUCAAGAAUUAGACGCUGCUGCUGACCGGAAUGUUAGCAUCAGGCUACUGUCCCACUCUGGAGUAUAUCCAACUUUUACCUCAGAACCAUCCAAACUUGCUUUCGGAAGGCCAAAUGUUGAGAAUGUGACAUUGCUGCUGGAGGAUUGGUGGGGCUCUGGCAUUGUCCAUGCCAAAGUUUGGAUAUCUGAUAGUAGGGAUGUGUAUAUUGGAUCUGCAAACAAUGACUGGAAAUCUCUCACACAGGUCAAGGAACUCGGAAUUUACUUUACUAAUUGUCCUGAAAUAGCUAAAAAGGUUGAGGUGUACUUUGACAAUUUGUGGACACUAGCAUCCCUCAACUCUUCAGCUUACACGAAAACAGUGUUUGAUCAAGAGUGGCAAGUUGAGAGGAAGUUUCCUUGCUGGUCACAUUUCAUUGAUCAUAAAGAGAGGUGCAAGUCACCUCUUCCUCGAUAUCUGAAGACUCCUCAUGUUGCAGGAUAUCCUAUUCUGUCUGACCCUUACAUGUUUGUGGUUUCAUUUCAAACCCCUGGGAAUAACUAUUCAACAAACCUCCCCCAAGCCAGCUAUCUAUCCUUUGCACCCCCAGAGCUAUUAUUUGGAAAAUAUCAAGCUGAUGAGCAGGCAUGGAUUGAUACAAUCAAGUCUGUUGGAGAUAAGCAGACAGUUAGAAUCAGUACAAUGGACUGGUUGGGUCAGUCACAAUUUAUGGACCAAACAAUUUUCUGGUCAUCCUUAUCCUCUGCAAUAUCAGAGGUGGUGUUUUCGAAGAAUGCAACAGUACAACUAUUGGUGGCAUAUUGGGGACACUCCAUCAGUAACACGGAUGUGUACCUGAAGUCUCUCCUCUACACCAACAAUCUCUGCUCUUCCUCAAAGUACAACAAAUGCUUUGGGAAAGUUGAGAUAAAAUAUUAUGUGGUUCCUGGUUUCAACAUGACAGGACCUGCUAUUCAUGGAGGAAGUAAAACAGGAAACAAAUACCCUGAUUUUACAAGAGUGAAUCAUGGAAAAUAUGCAGUUAGUGAUGUAAGGGCACACAUUGGGACUAGCAACCUUGUAUGGGACUACUUCUACACAACAGCAGGUGUCAGCUUUGGGACAUACAACACUGCCAUCGUCUCUCAACUUAGGGAAAUUUUUAAUGCUGAUUGGAACUCACCCUAUGCUGUUCCACUAGAAGAACUGGAGAAAGGUCACAAAAGUUCAAUUUAAUCAGAGAGAAUUUGAUGAUCAGUCCCAGAAAGAUGAAAAGAAACUUAUUUAACAAGGAUGCAAUGAGCAUGAGAUGAACACUAAUGUGUUGUUGGUAUUUAUUUGAAUGAAUAUUUAUAUUUCUCUUUUUCUUCGUUUCUUUAUUGUAAUAAUAAUAAAGUAUUAGUAAUAACAAUAAAUAAUAAAUUAAACAA